AUGCGGUAUUUCCCGGCCUUCCACGAUCUUUCCAGCCGCUCCGCCCUGUUGGUGGGGGGCGGCGAACUGGCGCUGCGCAAGCUGCGCCUGCUGCUGAAGGCGCACGCCAAGGUCACCCUGGUGGCGCCGCGCCUCAGCACCGAUAUGGCCGAGCAGGCCCGCGACAGCCGGGUCCUAUGGAUUUUCAUCAUGCCGGCGGUGAUCGACCGCGACCCCCUGGUGAUCGGUAUCUCCAGCGGCGGCGACGCGCCGAUCCUGGCGCGCCAGCUGCGGGCCCGGAUCGAAGCGAUGCUGCCGGCCCGCCUCGGCGCCCUGGCGCGCUUUGCCGGAACCUUCCGCGCCGCCGUCGGCGCGACCAUUCCCCCCGCAGGCCGCCGGCGCUUCUGGGAGCGGUUCUUUACCGGACCGGUCGCCGAAGAAGUACUGGCCGGGCGCGAAACCGCAGCCCGCGAGGCCAUGCUGGGCCUGAUCAACGGCCCGGCGUCGCAGGCCGCGCCGGCCGGUUCGGUCGCCAUCGUCGGCGCCGGUCCGGGCGACCCGGACCUGCUGACCUUCAAGGCCCUGCGCCGCCUGCAGGAAGCCGAUGUCGUGCUCUACGACAAGCUGGUCGGCCCGGAAAUCGUCGACUAUGCGCGCCGCGAUGCGGAGCGGAUCUACGUCGGCAAGGCCAAGGCCAACCACAGCAAGAGCCAGGACGAGAUCAACGCCCUGAUGGCCGAGCACGCCCUGGCCGGACACCGGGUGGUGCGCCUGAAGGGCGGCGACCCCUUCAUCUUCGGGCGCGGCGGCGAGGAAAUGGAUUAUCUGGAGGCCCGCGGGGUCACGGUCGAGGUCCCGGAUCUGGACUGGACGAGCCUGGCCAGCGGCAAACAGACCUUGGCGGUCUACAUGGGCGUCUCGACAGCCGGCGUUGUCGCGAAGCGCCUGAUCGAACACGGGCUCUCCGCCGGGACCCCCGUCGCGGUGAUCGAGAACGGCACCCGCGACGACCAGCGCAUCGUCACCGGGCGGCUGGAGGACCUGGAUCUGCGCCUGCGGCAGGCGGCGGUCACGGGACCUGCGCUCAUCAUCAUCGGCGAAGUCGCCCGCAAGGCCAUGACCGGCGAAGACCGUGGCCUGGAGGCCGAACUGACCGCCCUCCCCCGGCGCUUGCCCGAAGCGUUGGCCAAACCUGUGCCUCUGAAAGCCGUCACCGCCAACCGCCUGCGCGAAGGCGAUGUCGUCUAUCUCACCGAAAGCGGCCUGUGGACGGCCUGGCUGAACCAAGCCGUAACCAGCAACGACAGCGCCGCCCAGGACGACUUGCUGAAGCGUGCGGAGGCCGACGUGGCCGCACGCAAGAUCGUCGGCCCCUAUCUGGUCGAGGUCACCGAGGUGGACGGCAUCCUGCAGCCGCUGUCCACCCGGGAGACCAUCCGUGCCGCCGGCCCGACCGUGCGCGCCGACUAUCGUAAAGCCCCCUUGGAACACAAGACGAUGUACCGCUACGACGAAUUCGAUCUGGCCUUUGUCCGUCAGCGCACCGCCCAGUUCCGCGGACAGGUGGAACGCCGUCUCUCCGGUGAACUGAGCGAAGAAGAGUUCCGGCCCCUGCGCCUGAUGAACGGGCUCUACCUGCAGCUUCACGCCUAUAUGCUGCGCGUUGCCGUGCCCUACGGCACGCUGUCGUCGCGCCAGAUGCGUAGGCUGGCCAGCGUCGCGCGCGACUACGACCGCGGCUACGGCCACUUCACCACGCGCCAGAACAUCCAGUACAACUGGCCGAAGCUGGAAGACGUGCCGAAGAUCCUGGAGGAGUUGGCCGAGGUCGAGAUGCACGCCAUUCAGACCAGCGGCAACUGCAUCCGCAACGUCACCGCCGACCACUUCGCCGGCGCCAGCGCCGACGAAAUCGAGGACCCGCGCAUCUACGGCGAGAUCAUCCGCCAGUGGUCGACCCUGCACCCGGAAUUCUCGUUCCUGCCGCGCAAGUUCAAGAUCGCCAUCACCGGUGCGCCCAACGACCGCGCCGCUGUGCGCUUCCACGACAUCGGCCUGCAGGUCCGCCGCAACGCGGCCGGCAAGGUCGGCUUCGAGGUGAUCGUCGGCGGCGGCCAGGGCCGCACCCCGGUGAUCGGCACCACCAUCCGCGAGUUCUUGCCCAAGGCCCACCUGCUGAGCUACCUGGAGGCCAUCCUGCGGGUCUACAACCAGCUCGGCCGGCGCGACAACCUCUACAAGGCGCGCAUCAAGAUCCUGGUGCAGCAGACCGGCGCCGAGGCGUUCACCCGCCUGGUCGAAGAGGAAUGGGCGCAUCUGAAAGACGGCGCACUCACCCUGCCGGCCGAGGAGAUCGCCCGCAUCGAGAGCUACUUCGCCCCGCCGGCCUUUGAGGACCUGCCGGAGAGUGACCGCGGCUUCGAGGCGCGGCGCUUCGAGGAUCGGGACUUCGCCCGCUGGGUGCGCAGCAACGUCUCCGCCCACAAGGUCCCCGGCUAUGCCAUCGUCUCCAUCUCGCUGAAGCCCGAGGGCGAGGCGCCCGGCGAUGCCAGCGCCGCGCAGAUGGACGCCGUGGCCGACCUGGCGGAAGCGUUCAGCUUCGAUGAGAUCCGCGUCACCCACGAACAGAACCUGGUGCUGCCGCACGUGAAGCUCAGCGAUCUGGCCAAGGUCUGGGAGAUGCUGGUCCAGCACGGCCUGGGCACGCCCAACAUCGGUCUCGUCUCCGAUAUCAUCGCUUGCCCCGGGCUUGAUUACUGCAACCUGGCCAACGCCCGCUCCAUUCCCGUCGCCCAGCGCAUCACCCAGCGCUUCAGCGACCUCAACCGCCAGCACGAGAUCGGCGAUCUGAAGAUCAAGAUCUCCGGCUGCAUCAAUGCCUGCGGCCACCAUCAUGCCGGCCACAUCGGCAUCCUGGGCGUCGACAAGAAGGGCGAGGAGUUCUACCAGAUCACCCUGGGCGGCAGCGCCGAUGAAAACGCCGCCGUCGGCAAGAUCGUCGGCCCUGCGUUCUCCUACGACGCGGUGGUCGAUGCCGUCGACAACAUCGUCGAGACCUACCUGGAUCUGCGCCAGGACAACGAGAAGAGAAGCUCUAUGCCGCUGCUUAAAGACGGACGGAUCGCCGACGACCCCUGGUCCGACCUCCCCGAGACGUCCGAACCGGCAGACGACGCGCCGGCAAACGACAGCCAAACCGCGCCGACGGAGACCCCUUCUCUGGAGGUGGACCUGAUCGUCACGCUGGAUCAGUGGCGCGAUCAGCGCGCGGCGCUGCUGCGCCGCAACGGCCGCCUGGGCCUGCGUCUGGCCAGCGACCAGCCGCCCGAAGACAUCGCUGGAGACCUGAAGCACUUCGACCUCAUCGCCCUGGAGUUCCCGAAGUUCAACGACGGACGCGCCUAUUCCUAUGCGCGCCUGCUGCGGGAGCGCCACGGCUUCAAGGGCGAACUGCGGGCCGUCGGCAAUGUGCUGCGCGACCAGCUCUUCUUCAUGCUGCGCUGUGGCUUCGACAGCUUCGCGGUGGCGGACGAGAAGACCGCGGCGGCCUGGAAGGACGCCAUCGAGGAAAUCCAGAUCUGGUACCAGCCGACUGCAGACGGCCGUGCGCCCAGCGGCGCGCUCGGCGCCGGCUUCCGAUCUUCGCGCGCGUCACAGAGCUCGGGCAAGAGCCUGGACCGGGGAGUCGCAAGAGUGCUGGCCUCACGGACGAGCAGAUCGGCGUUGACGGUUCGCCCCGCGGCCAACCAGGACCGGGCCCUGCGGCUGCAGGAGCGCGCCCGCCUUCUGGAGCUGCGCUACGGCGCCGCCGCCAGCGAGGUAGACAGCGAGACGGUGCUGGAAGCGGCGAUCAAGCAUGUCUUUCCCGGACGCAUCGCCGUGGUGUCGUCCUUCGGCGCGGAGUCCGCUGUGCUGCUGGACCUCGUCGCCCAGGUCGACCCCGCGACCCCGGUGAUCUUCCUGGAGACCGGGAAACACUUUCCGGAGACCCUCGCCUACCGCGACCGCCUGGCGGAGCGGCUGGGACUGACAGACCUGCGCUCGGUGACGCCGGCGACCGAGGAUCUUGCCCGCGCCGAUGCGGACGGCACCCUGUGGCGGCGCAACCCGGACCUCUGCUGCCGCCUGCGCAAGGUGCUGCCGCUGGAGCGGGCCCUCAGCGGCUUCAGUGCCUGGAUCAACGGCCGCAAGCGGUUCCAGGGCGGCCUGCGCGGCCAGAUCCCGGUCUUCGAGGCCGAGUCCGGCCGCAUCAAGGUUAACCCCCUGGCGCAGUGGGAUUCCGCAGAGCUGCGCCGGGCCUUCGAGUCGCGGGGCCUGCCGGCCCAUCCGCUUACAGACCAGGGCUAUGCCUCCAUCGGCUGCGCGCCCUGCACGGCCCCCUCCGGGGGCCCUGAGGGCGCUUCCCGCAGCGGGCGCUGGCAGGGCAGCGCCAAGACCGAAUGCGGUAUCCACAAGGCUCCCUGGGCGCGGCGCCCCAACCCCCUCGUUUAG